CGUGCUGCGUUCACGGCUUCGUAACUAUAGAAACUCAGCGGUCCCCUUGCUGACUUGCCACACGCUUUCUGUUGGCCUUUCUUAGCAGACGAAAGUUCGGGUGCGAAGCUGUGAUGGACCGCUGGACGGGCAGAGUGGCUCUGGUGACCGGAGCUUCGGUCGGGAUCGGAGCAGCUAUAGCUAAAGAGCUGGUCCGGUUCGGCAUGAAGGUGGUGGGCUGCGCAAGGGACGUGGACAAGAUACAGAACCUGGCUGCAGAGUGUCAGAGUGCAAGCUACGCUGGUGUGUUGAUUCCUUUCAAGUGUGACCUGACCAACGUGGAGGAGAUCCAGUCCAUGUUCUCAGCCAUCAAGGAGGAGCACAAUGGUGUGGACGUGUGUAUCAACAACGCCGGCCUGGCUCACCCUGAGCCUCUGCUGAGCGGCAAAACCAGUGGCUGGAAGAACAUGCUCGAUGUUAAUAUUCUGGCUCUCAGCAUUUGCACACGUGAAGCGUACCAGUCAAUGAAGGAAAGGAAUAUUGACGAUGGGCACAUCAUCAACUUAAACAGCAUGUGCGGACACCGUAUUAUUCCCAACGCUGAUAUCCAUUUCUAUACUGGAACCAAGUAUGCCGUGACCGCCCUGACCGAGGGCCUGCGACAGGAGUUGCGGGAGGCCAAGACCCACAUCAGAGCCACAUGUAUUUCCCCAGGUUUAGUGGAGACAGAGUUUGCUCCGCGGCUCUACAGCCAGAACGCAGAGAAAGCUGCAUCGGUUUACUCCAAUUAUAAGGCUCUGGAAGCAAUAGACGUCGCUAAUGCUGUUGUGUACGUCCUUACUGCUCCUCCUCAUGUGCAGAUUGGAGACAUUCACAUGCGAUCUGUUGAGCAAGUAUCGUAGACUUGCACAACAUGACAGCUGAACACUAAUGACUUGUUUACCAUAUGUUAACUCAUUAAAACAACUAAUAAAAGUCUAAUACAAAGGCAAAAAA